GUAACUGCCUAUGCCAGAGCCUGCCUGCGCUCUCAGCUCAAGCCCUCUUAAAGCUGUUUUUCUGCUGGAGAUCAGCGAGAGCUAACGACACACAGCUGUCUCUGCUGAAGACAGAAGGACGAGAGGAGAACAGAGGGAGGGGAAAGAGAGGAGCAGGAGGGAGGAGAGGACGAGCACAGGAGAAAACAAAACCACCAGCAGCCUCUUAACUUCUGUCUCUGUGUUUCCGGCGGUCCGGUGCAGUCGUUCCUCAGCAGGGAGUGUUCUCCGCUGUAGUUCAGGACUUUUUUUUGUGAAAAGGGUGUGGAAAAGAAGAGGAAAAGAAGAGAGGUUGGAGUUCACAUGACAUAAUCGGAGUGAAUGGGUUGCCAUGGUGACUCACCCAGGGAGCCUGACCCGUGCAGAGUGAAUGGAGGGAGCGCCUUGAACGCCAAGUGAACGAUAAACUAACGGAGGGGAGUCACCAGAGAGAGAGAGGAGAGCGAAGGAGUGGUGGAUAACAGAGGGAGCACAGAGGAGCGGAGCAGAGGUUGAGAAUGGAGGACGGGUUUUCCAGCUACAGCAGCUUGUAUGACACCUCAUCACUGCUACAGUUCUGCAACGAUGACAGUGCGUCAGCAGCCAGCAGCAUGGAGGUCACAGACCGCAUCGCCUCCCUGGAGCAGAGGGUCCAGAUGCAGGAGGACGAGAUCCAGCUGCUGAAGUCUGCUCUGGCCGACGUGGUGCGCAGGCUCAAUGUGUCUGAGGAGCAGCAGGCCAUGGGGUCUCGCAGAGGACCCACCAAAGCCAGGCCAAUGAUUGCCACCCUGCCGUUACGGCCCACAGUAAACAACGGGACCAUCCUACCAAAGAAAGGCAGCGGCACUCUGCCCUCCCCAUCUGGAUCUGGAUCCAGGAAGGACACCAGCACACCAGCCAACAAGAGUCUGUCCAGUUUGUCCUCUCUGUCCCGCUCUUCCAGAAUCCUCUACCUGCCCCUCAGCACUGUGAGGAGAGCCAACUCAAACGAACACGUGGGAACUCUUACGCGGAAGGAUUCGGGGGAUUCCAAGGGCAACCGAACACGUGCCGGAUCCACCGGGAGCAACUCCAGCGGCAAGAGAAGUGACAGCAAACAGAGGGACCCAGUGUUCAAUGCAGAGGAAGGUUAUGUGAAAAUGUUCUUGAAGGGUCGUCCCAUCACCAUGUACAUGCCCAAAGACCAGGUGGACAGCUACUGCCUGGAGGCCAGAGCCGAGCUGCCCGGCAACAAGCUCAAACUGGACUGGGUUUAUGGUUACCGUGGUCGAGACUGCCGCUCCAACCUUUACUUGUUGCCCACUGGAGAAACGGUGUACUUCAUCGCCUCGGUGGUCGUCCUGUUCAACGUGGACGAGCAGCUGCAGAGGCACUACACAGGACACACGGACGACAUCAAAUGUCUGGCCGUCCACCCUGAUAAAAUCACCAUAGCAACCGGGCAGGUGGCGGGCACCUCUUCGGAUGGAAAACAGCUUGUUCCUCACGUCCGUGUGUGGGACUCUGUCAGCCUCAACACGCUCCACGUCCUCGGCGCGGGCUUCUUUGACCGAGCGUUGGUCUGCCUGUCCUUCUCCAAGUCGAAUGGAGGGAAUACAUUGUGUGUGGUAGACGACUCCAAUGACCACGUCCUGUCCGUCUGGGACUGGCAGAGAGAGGACCGGCUGGCUGAGGUCAAGUGCUCCAAUGAGUCAGUGUUUGCUGCAGACUUCCACCCGACAGACAGCAACAUCGUAGUGACCUGCGGCAAGUCCCAUCUCUAUUUCUGGAACCUGGAGAAAGGCGUGCUGGGCAAGAAGCAAGGGCUGUUUGAGAAACAGGAGAAGCCCAAGUUUGUGUUGUGCGUGACCUUUGCAGAAAACGGAGACGCCAUCACAGGAGACUCAAGUGGGAACAUCCUGGUGUGGGGGAAAGGCACUAAUCGUAUCAGCCAAGUCAUCCAGGGAGCUCACGAGGGCAGCAUCUUUGCUCUGUGCAUGCUGAGGAACGGCACGCUGGUGUCUGGAGGUAAAGACCGCAGGCUCGUCUCCUGGGACAGCAGCUACCAGCAGAUACAAACAGUGGAGGUACCCGAGUUGUUCGGACCAAUCAGAACCAUAGCAGAGGGCAGGGGGGAGACGGUGCUCAUCGGGACCACCAAGAACUUUGUUUUGCAGGGCAGUUUGGAUGGAGAAUUCAUGCCGAUUACACAGGGUCACACUGAUGAGCUGUGGGGUCUGGCCGUCCACCCCUGGAAGCCUCAGUUCCUCACCUGCGGCUACGACAGACAGGUCAGCCUGUGGGACUCCAGCUCCCAUCAGCUCAUCUGGACCAAGAACAUGGACGAUGCUGCCCAAUCAGCUGGCUUCCACCCCUCUGGAGCUGUGGUUGCCAUAGGAACCCAGACUGGCAGGUGGCUCGUACUGGACACUGACUCUAAGGAUCUGGUCACGGUGCACACAGACGGGAAUGAGCAGCUGUCAGUUAUGUGCUUUGGGCCAGAUGGUAACUUCUUGGCCAUCGGCUCCCAUGACAACUACAUCUAUAUCUACGCUGUGGCAGAAAACGGGAGGAAGUACAGCCGAGUGGGGAAGUGCUCGGGUCACUCUAGUUUCAUCACCCAUCUGGACUGGUCGGUGGACUCCCAGUACCUGGUGUCAAAUUCAGGGGACUAUGAGAUACUUUAUUGGAUCCCAUCAGUGUGUAAACAGGUGGUCAGUGUGGAGACCACUAGAGAUAUCGAGUGGGCCACCCACACCUGUGCUCUGGGCUUCCAGGUGUUUGGCUUGUGGCCCGACGGCUCAGACGGCACCGACAUCAACGCUGUCUGCAGGUCCGGAGAUAAGAGCCUCCUGGUUACCGGAGACGACUUUGGGAAGGUCCACCUGUUUGCAUACCCCUGUUCACAGUUCAGGGCUCCCAGCCAUGCUUACGGCGGCCACAGCAGUCAUGUGACCAACGUGACCUUCCUGUACGAUGACAGCUACCUGGUGUCUACUGGAGGGAAAGACAUGAGCGUGAUGCAGUGGAGGAUAGUGUGAGGCAGCGGACAGAAACACACACUGUUGGUUUCUAACUGCUGCUGCUGGGGCCUGAAAGCCAGCUGAAGCAAACUAAACUGAACUGCACUAAACUGAACCAAACCAAACUUAAAUUAACUCAAAAUAAAAAAAAAAAGUGGAUCUGCCUGAACUGAAGUGAAUUGACAGAAGAGGAACCCGAGGUUUCCUUCCUGAUCUGCUCUCAGAUCCCAAACCAGAUGAACUGUUGGAGGUGUUAUGUGCGGUUGCUUGAAAUACAAAACAUCCUGAAUAUUCCACCUUUUUCUUUAUUCACACUACAUGUAAAAAGAAAAAUCUCUUCCACGUACUGUAGCCAAGUCACCAAUGACAUGAAACAAAACAAAUCAAACGGAUCAAAUCCAACUAAACAGAACCAAAGGCUCUGACUUUCUGACUGCAUCUGUGUAGUUUUGGCUUUCACUGUUCUUGUAUUGUGUGCACUGCUGCCACAGAAAACGGACUGACGAGACUCCAGACUGAACAUCAUCGCCAUGGAGAUUCAAGAGCAUCGGAACAAAAACUGUGUAUGGAAAGAAAGGACAUAGUGAUUUUCUAAUUGUUAAACUUUCUUUUAUUUUGUAUUUAACAACUCAGGAAAGCACUAGUGAAGCAGGACUCUUCCCUGUUAUUGACAUUGACAUUUCACAUACGCAUCCCACUAAAACCUAAACAGAGGCGUCAGCUGCAGUUAAUAUCAGAUUGAACUGUUGUCCAACCAUUAUUGAUUUAUUUGCAUUGAGUUUUGUGUCUGAAAAGUAACUAAAUGGCAAAUGCUGAGGUUGAUAGGCAUGAUUAUUAAAUACAGGUCAAAUUUGAUGUGAUGUUAACUUCCAUUGGCAUCUCAUAUUAUCCUUUAAAAGGGUUGUUUGGAUUCCUUGAUUUUUUGUCGUACUGAUAAAUAGUCGGUGUAUUACCUGCAGUCAGCCCAGUUUACAGAAGCAGGCAGGAAUGCUAUCAGAGAGUCUAAGCAAUGUGCUGCCAUGCUAGUGGACAGUAGCAAAAUGUUUUUAUCCACCUAAAAAAAAUCAAUAUCAUCUUAAGUGUACUCUAUAUUUAGAAUAUUUUCAGCCAGCCUUGUUGAAGUAGGGAUGGGGAACCCAAGCUGUUAUUGAUGCUUUGUGCCAGGCCACCAAACUCUAUUGAUAAAAGCCGUCAUUUUACCUUGCACAACACCAGAAUUUACUGCUGCUUCAGUCGGUAACUUUGUCAUUGUGUGACUUUAGUAUUUUAAAAGGGUUAGCUCAGAUUCGGGCUACAUGGUGGUGCAGUGGUUAGCGCUUAACAGAGGGCCGUUUCUGGUCUGUGGCUCUUCUGUGUGGAGUUUGCAUGUUCUCCCUGUGUCAUCAUGGGAAGUCCACAGUCCAAAAACUUGGUUUCCAAAAAAAAUGCAGUUAGGUUUAAUUGGUGACUCUAAAUUGCCCGUAGGAGUGAAUGAGAGCGCGAUUGUCUGUCUCCAUGUGUCAGCCCUGUGAUAGUCUGACGACCUGUCCAGUGACCAAUGCCCAAUGUCAGCUGGGAUCGGCUCUAGCCCUGCUAGUGCGGACAAGCGGUUAAGGAUAAUGAAAGGAAUAGCUCAGAGCUCAAUGACACAAGCAAACUAACCAGGGAGUCCCAUGUUCUGCAAUGUAAAAUUACUGCUUUUUUAAAAGGAGCCUGGUGGCUUUGAAACGAGCAUAGACUGGCUUUCCUGUCACCAUUGGAAAGGCCUGUCUGAGGGCAAGGUAAAACAGGGAAAAUAUUCUAAAUAUCACAUACAAUUAAACUGUUUUUUUUAGGUGGUUUAAAUACACUUUGCUGCAGCCACAGCAGCACAUUGCUUAGCUUGUGUCUCAGUGCUGCUGCCUGCUUCUCCAAACUGAAGGUGUCCCCACCAUCAUCUGCUGAAGGUAAUACACUGACUAUGGAUAAGUACCUCAUACAACCCUACUUUAAUACAUCCAAACUCUCCAUGGAAGAGCAAUUAAAAAUGAUAGUUUUUAGAUUUGGAGUUGAGAUUUUAACCAUUUUCUACGACAUCAUUACAACAUGUUUUUGUGCUUCCAGGUCUUUAAAAAAAGCACCUUUCCUAUUAUUUAUUGAUCAAGAGUCAAAUCCUUCACUGCCAACUUAAGUUCCUUUGAGUUUUUCCCUGCAAUAAAUCCCCUUUUAGUCCCUUAUGUGUAAAUAUACUGAGAGGCUUGAAACAGACAUGAGGAAAAUGUGGGUGAAUAUACAGUAUUUGAAAGUGUUUCAGAUUUUUUGGAAUGGGUUGUUGUGUCUUUCUUUUGCCUCGGGGUGCCAGGAAAAUGAAAAGCUGAAAAAGUCUGUAUUGUCUUGUUGUUCAACGAUGUGAAACCUUUUCAAAUCUGUAUCUAUCUGCGUUUUAACUGCACCAAGAUCAGUUUAGGAAGGGCAAGGAUGAGACCAUUACACUGUAACUGUUUACGUCUGAUGUGCACCAUCAGUCACUGGCGAGAUAUUUAACUGAACUGAACCAACUUGAGGUGUUUUUUUUUUCUAUAAUGCACUGCUUCAGCCUGAUGAACAUGUAGCAGGUCUACUUAACCUGCACAGUAGAACAAGCAAAUCACCAUUCAGUUCUUACUGGAGCUUUUCAUUAACCAAUGAUGUCUGCAAACUGUCCGUACACCUACUGUGCAUCAUCCUCCUCAUCUACAGCAAGCCCAAAUCACACACAUGCAUGAAUAAACAGCAUUUCUCUGACGGGUUGGGCAGAUUUUAGUGUGACCAUAACUGCCACUGAUAUAUCAGGCAUAUCGGUUGUUGUUUUUGAAAUCCUUGACGGUUGGCUGAUUGUUGGAGCUUCCAGGAAAACCACUUAAAUCUAACAGCGGUGACAUGAAGUCAACACUCCACUGAGUGAAUGUAACAUGAUUUGUCUUACCACUAAACACUUGGGGCUGCAGGAUACCAUUGAACAUAUAACGUGUCUGAAAGUAAAUGCAACAUGAAAUUCC